GGGAGGGACCCGAGUGGAGGUGUCCCUCCCGAAGCGCCCCAUGCUGACGGCUCCUCCUUGCUGUUCCUGCCCCUGCCCUGGCUCCAGGGGUGAUGAGUAACACGACAGCACCCAGUGCCCCCAGGGCUGCCAGCGACUCCAUGGUGGGCUACGUGCUUGGCCCCUUCUUCUUUAUCACCCUGGUAGGGGUGGUGGUGGCCGUGAUGAUGUACAUUCAGAAGAAGAAAAGCUAUGACCCGGCAGAAGAACUUCACGAAGCUGAGCAGGAGUUGCUAUGUGAGGUGGGGGAUCCCAAGGUUGUCCACGGCUGGCACAGCAGCUGCCAGCACAAACGGAUGCCCCUUUGGGACGUGAAGACGUAAACUAAGGAAGCAGACCCCCACCAAGCCUUGGCCCCACUGGAGGAGAACUCUUUACCUGUUACAGGAGUUCAGAAUUGCUCAUUUCUGCUCACCCCCUUUUGCCCAGCAGUAGGACACAUAGUUGUUAAUCCUUUAUUGGCCUGUUGGCUGGGAUGGCUGUCCUCUUCCAUCUAGGC